AUGUGCUAUGUGGAAACAGCCAACUUGGACGGUGAAACUAAUCUCAAGAUUCGCCAGGGCUUACCGGCCACCAGCCACCUGAUCUCACGCGACAGCAUUCGCGAUUGGUACCUUGGGUGCGUUCUGUGGAUUUGCACAGCCAUCAGUUGUAGCGUGGAUGUGCUUGGUUUUGAGCAAGAAAAGCCGCUCAGCCCUUGGCUCACUUUUUUCACCUUUAUCAUCCUCUACAACAAUCUAAUCCCAAUCUCGCUGAUCAUUACAUUGGAUAUCGUCAAAUAUUUUCAAGCGCUCGUGUUUAUCAACAACGAUUUGGACAUGUACCACGAGGAAAGCGACACGCCCCCGCGGGCACAAACCUCGGCGCUCAACGAGGAGCUGGGUCAAGUGCAGUAUAUUUUCAGCGACAAGACUGGCACAUUGACUCAGAAUGAAAUGCUCUUACUCAAGUGUUCAGUCGCCGGCAUUUGCUACGAGAACAAUCAUCAGGAGGUACACGCCUGUCCUCAGCUUGCAGACUUACACGACAUCGCGCCCAGUUCCGAGCUAGUUGUGGCUGUAGCAAUCUUUGCACCGGACUUAGUCUGGCCUUAUUCCGCCUUGCUCGACAAUUUGACCAAUCAGCACCCCACUGCCUCGGUUAUCCGCGAGUAUCUCACUCUCCUCGCUGUGUGUCACACUGUCGUCCCCGAGCGCGACCGGCAUGAUUCUGGCGUGAUUAUUUAUCAAGCCGCCUCCCCCGACGAGUCGGCGCUGGUUGAGGCCGUAAAGCGCCUAGGAUUUUCUUUCAAUGUUCGCCAGCCGGAGAGCGUGCAGAUCAAUGCGCUGGGCCGGGACGAGAAGUACGAGAUUCUCAAUGUUCUUGAAUUCAAUAGCACGCGCAAGCGCAUGUCGGUCAUUGUGCGAACGCCACAUGGCAAGAUCAAAUUAUACUGCAAGGGUGCUGACAAUGUCAUCUAUGAGCGGCUUGCGCCCAAUCAACCCUUUCAAGACGCCACGACGCAGCAUCUCAAGGUUUUUGCGUCGGAUGGACUGCGAACUUUGUGCCUGGCCGUGGCUGAAAUCGAUGAGGCCAGAUACGCAGAAUGGAGCAAAGUUUAUGAGGCUGCCGCUACUGCGCUGACAAAUCGAGCGGAGAAGCUGGACGAGGCUGCUGAACAGGCACGUUUACCCAACCUCUUCUUGCUGGGAGCCACAGCCAUUGAGGAUCGGCUACAAGAGGGGGUCCCAGAGACGAUUCAGGCUCUGGCGCAAGCAGGCAUCAAGAUUUGGGUGUGCACCGGCGACAAGCAGGAGACGGCCAUUAACAUUGGCUUCUCUUGUCGCCUUUUGACAUCACAAAUGACGCUGCUUGUUGCCAACGAGUACACACACAGCGACUGCGCUCGAUGGCUGGAUGAGCAGCUCCAGACCUACCGUCGGUCCGACGAGCAGACCAAGCUGGCCAUGAUCAUUGAUCGAGGCACGCUCGAGUUUGCUCUUACACCAGCGUUGCUGGAUCGCUGGCUGGAGCUGGCCAAGCUCUGCAAAGCAGUCAUCGCGUGCCGAGUGUCACCUCUGCAAAAGGCCGAAAUCGUGCGAGCGGUGAAAGAGUCAGAGGCGGCCAUCACGUUAGCAAUUGGUGAUGGGGCCAACGACGUGGGCAUGAUUCAAGCAGCGCACGUGGGCGUGGGUAUCAGUGGCAAAGAGGGGCUGCAGGCGGCACGCUCAGCCGAUUACAGCGUAGGGCAAUUUCGCUUUCUCAAAAAGCUUCUUUUGGUGCAUGGUGCCUGGAGCUAUCGCCGCAUCACCAUGCUCAUCCUCUACUCCUUCUGGAAGAAUAUUGCACUCUACUUGAUGGAACUCUGGUUUGCCUUUGACAAUGGCUUCUCGGGUCAAAUCUUGUUCGAAAAAUGGACGCUGUCCGCGUACAACGUGGCCUUUACGCUGCUCCCACCGCUGGCCAUUGGCGUGUUUGAUCAACACUUGAGCGCAAGCACUUUGAUGAGCAUCCCGUCGCUCUACCAAUACGGGCAGAAGCGACAGAACUUCAAUACGUGGGUAUUUUGGGGCUGGACCCUGAAUUCAAUCUACCACAGUCUCUUGUUGUACUGGCUGCCGUUGGAAGCAUUCAAGCAUGACAAUAUCCAGAAUGAUGGUACAGUGACAGGGCAAUGGUUUUUUGGCCACGUCGUGUAUAGCAUUGUGAUCUACACGGUCAUUUUGAAGGCUGCGAUGGUUAUCAAUUCAUGGACCAAGUAUACCCAUAUCUUCCUGUGGGGCUCGGUUCUGAUCUGGAUUAUUUUCACGCUCAUCUACUUUCGUCUCUGGGCGUCCAAUGCCUUUGGCGGCAUUGGAUAUGAGGUGUAUGGCGUGGACACGCAAAUGUAUCGAUCAGCGCUGGUGUGGUUCAGCUUUCUCCUCUUCCCUGUCUUGGCCUUGUAUCGCGACGCCAUGUAUGUUGCGCUGUGGACUUGUGUGCAGCGCGGCAAGCUGGGAAGACCGGCUUCAGGCCCAAGAACAGCGAAGCGCAGUUAUCCCACAGAUGCCCGACGUAAGGCGCGCCUUUGGACCGCACAUGGCUCACUUUUCCCGUGGGCGACUGAAACCGACCUGAAGCUAACUCAUCUUGCUCCUUUUGUCUUUCUUAACGAAAACACGGCUUCGGUAACUCAGGCCACCUUGAUUCGUCGCUACGACACGACCUUGGACAAGCCCGAGGGCGAAUAA